GUCUCACUUUCAGACAAACGCACUCGGCUCUGCUCACUCUUCACUCCCAACCGUUCCUUUCCAAGUAUAUCAGAAAACUCCCAGCUUGCUCUCUCUCUCUCUCUCUCUCACUGCACAAUGGCCAAGCCACACGGCGGACCGCGACCGCGACCGCGACCGCCGCCGCCGCACUCCUCCGGCGGCCGCACGAACUUCGCGUCGUGCGUGGUGGCCACGAUCUUCCUCGUGUUCGUCGUCAUCGUCGUCCUCAUCGUGUUCUUCACCGUGUUCCGGCCGCGGGACCCCAAGAUCUCCGUCAAUGGGGUGCAGCUCCCGUCCUUCUCGAUCGCCAACAACACCGUCAACUUCACCUUCUCGCAGUACGUGUCCGUGGAGAACCCCAACAAGGCCGUCUUCUCCCACUUCGACAGCUCGAUCCAGCUCCUCUACGCCGGCAACCGUGUCGGCUUCAUGUUCGUCCCCGCCGGCAAGAUCGCCGCGGGCCGCAUGCAGUACAUGGCCGCCACCUUCGCCGUCGAGUCCUUCCCGCUCUCGGCGACGCCGAACCCGUCCGCGGCGGUCGAGGAGGAAGCGGCGGCCGUGGCGGCAGCGGCGCCGCCGCCGCUUCCGACGGUGACGGACGGGUCCGGGUUCGGGUUCGGGGGCGUGGGCGUGGGCGGAGGAGGCGGAGGCUUGAGGGUGGGGCCGACGCUGGAGAUAGAGUCGAGGAUGAAGAUGGCGGGGAGGGUUAGGGUUUUGCACUUCUUCACGCACCAUGUGGAGGCGAGGGCGGAUUGCAGGGUGGCCAUUGCGGUGAGCGACGGAUCCGUGCUGGGUUUCCACUGCUGAAUAUCUUUCCCUCUGUUCUUGUCUCUCCCUCUCUUUUGUUCUACCGAGGUUACAUUUGUCGGUUAGAUCUUAGCUUCUUGUUUUUUCUUCUCUCUCUCUCUCUUUUCACCUUCUUUUUUGGGUUAGAAUUCAUUAGGGCCUUUCUUGCAUCUGGGGAGGGGGGUGUUCAAAUUUGCGUUUGCCCUCUGACCCAUUUUCGAGGAAACGUAAGUGUAAAAUAUUCAAACUUUUUCUUGGAACUGUCCUGCCUGAAAUGGAGAUUAGCUCUUAGCUUUGGACU